ACAGAGCUUGCAUGGGCUGCAUGACAAGCUAUGUGGUGUCUGCCGUGAGCAGCCACAGAAGAAGUCAGGCGGUGGUGCAACAGGUGUCGGGGCAUAGGUAGCCUGGCUGCGAUGGUCCGGAGGUAAGCUUGUAACUCAGGUAAACUGGUAACUCUAUGAACUCAGGAUUGACCCAAGUCGUCAAAUAAAGAUCCACAGAUCUGCCUAUUGUGGGAAAAGCAAAGAUUGUAGAAUUAUGCCCGAGAGGAUCCACACUGGAAAAAAGCCUUAUCAGUGUUCCCAAUGCAGCAAAAGCUUUAGUCAGAACAGCUUCCCAGUUGUUCAUGGAAAGACUCACACCAGAGAAAAACACUACCAGUUGUCUCAAUGUGGCAAAAGCUAUAGCAAGCAGGCCAAGCUGAUAAUACACCAGAGGACUCACACACAGAGAAACCGUACAUAUGUCCAGAUUGUGGGAAAUGUUUCAGUCAGAAUUCCAAUCUGGUGAUACACCAGACAAAACACACAGGAGAGAAUCCAUCUGAAUUUCUGGUUUGUGGAAAAAGUUUUCGUCAGAAUUCCCAUCUGGUGAUGGACCAAAAGACUCAGACAGGAGAGAAACCUUUGUAUGAGUGUCCAGAUUGUGGAAUACGUUUUAGUCAGAAUUCUGAUUUGGUGAGACACCAGAGGACUCACACAGGAGAGAAACCAUAUGAUUGUCCAGAUUGUAAGAAAAAAUUCAGUGAAAAUUCCAGUUUGGCAAUACACCGGAGGAUUCACACAGGAGAGAAACCAUAUGACUGUUCGGAUUGUGGAAUAAGUUUCAUUCAGAAUUCUGAUUUGGUGAGACACCAGAGGAUUCACACAGGAGAAACCUUUUAAAUGUCCAGCCUGUAGACGUUGCUUCAGACAUAAAUCAUCCCUUAUUGCACAUAAAGAAAUAUAUAUGAGGCAAGAGUAGAUGAGUUUAGAGAAGGCUUUUCAUUUGUAAUCUCCCAUUGAAAGUGGGGGUGAGAAAUUGACUAUUUGAAUUCUGGCCUGAUUCUUUUUACUUUUUAUUCUUUUUAUUCAUUUUAUCUCAGGAUUAGAUUUAUAGAUGGAGAGAAAAGGGAAAUGGAAAAAGGCUCACUUUUCUGGUUAGCAGUAGGAUGUUUUGUUUCUGGUUAUAGGCAGCAGUUUCUGGAUAUUUCC